GGCCGGGGGGCAGCCAGUCCAGCGGUCCUGCUAGCCGCUCCUUUGCUUGGAAACCCCGCUGAGCCCCUCAGCUUGGUGGCAUCAUGAGCGUCGGGAAGAAGAAGAGCGGCUUCCAGAUCACCAGUGUCACCUCUGACUAUGAGCAGAAGGAGGGUCCGCCCGGGGGGGGCGCCAAGGGGUCCUCUGCCAGGCCAGCCAUGGUGGCAGCUGAUGAGGCCAACCCCACAGAAGAUGGCAAUCCCCAGGCCAAUGGUGGCAUCAGGCCCAAAAACGGUCCCUCGGCUCCCAGCUCUCCGGGACUGGCGCCUUUGUUCCCAAGCUCCAUCGGCGGCACAUCCAGUUCUCGGUUUCGUGUUGUGAAACUAGACCAGGGCUUGGGAGAGCCGUACAAACGUGGGCGCUGGACUUGCCGGGACUUCUACGAGCAGGAGAUCGACCACCACCUGGUGGGGCGGCUGGCCGAUUCUGCACGGCACCCUCAGUCCCUGGAUUCCCGGCUGGAGGUGGCAGGCCUCCUGGCAAAGCCGUCUCCCUUCAGCCCCCAGAUGUCGCGCCGAGGGCCUUGCCUGCAGUCCCUGCUGGUGCUCCCAGUCCCCGGGGCCUCGGCCCAUCAGGCCCGCUCCUUGGGGGGAGGCCUGCCUGUCCUCCGCCCCAGCAGGACUCCCCCCAGUCCGGCAUCUCUCCGUAGCCCUCAAGUUACGGCUGAGACGCGACCCCUGGCUCUGGAGGAAGGCACCCAAGAGCCCGGAGACCCUCUCCCGCCUGGCACCAUUCCCGUGGUGAGAGUGGAGGAGCACUUGCUGCCCAAGAGCGUCACCCAGCUCAUCCAGAGGGAAACAGAAGAGCGGCACAAGGUUUUGCCAAGAGAGACCCGCUCGCGCCCAUCCUCUCCGGCUCCCCUGCUCUUCCGAGAUGCCAGCCCCCACCGGAGAACUUCGGACCCCUUUGGCGCUGCCCGCUUCAGCCUGGCCCGGUCGGUGUUCGGCAUGGGGGCUGCCCAUGACAGUGAUGAUGACAGUGGAACCAACAGCAGCAUGAUUGCCAUCGACAACAAGAUUGAACAAGCCAUGGACCUUGUAAAGAGCCACUUGAUGUUUGCGGUGCGGGAAGAGGUAGAGGUUCUGAGGGAACAGAUCAAAGAACUGUCGGAGCGCAACGCCUUGUUGGAACAGGAGAACAGCGUUCUGCGCUCCCUGGCCAACGCAGAGCAGCUCAGCCAUUUCCAGGCUCAGCUCCACGACCCCAAGCCACCGUCCAGCGGCUCUGCAUGACCUCGGAUGGCCAGAAGGGCUGCUGACACUAAGGAGUGCCCGAUGGGAGGGUGCUCGCCAACGGAUUCCCGCAGAUGUGAACCUGCAGAGUUGGAGGGGUGUGUGUGUGUGUGUGCGUGCGCAUGUGCGUUUGUGAAACCAGCCUUUGGGGGCGGGAGGGGGGAACUGGGCUACUAACACAGCACGUGCCUUCUGGGGGGGAAUUAAAUGCAGUUUUACCCCCCAGCUCUGAAAGGAGCAGGAUAUGUUUCAUAGCCAGGGAGGUGAGGUUCAGAGGCUUGGUGAGAAAAACCACUCUCGGACCGGGGGUCCCUCCCUGGCUGGACUUCUCCUCCCCCAAUCUCAGGGGGAGAAUGAUGCACUUGCCCCACUGAAAUGGCGGUUGGAGGGGGCUUUUUUCAAGGUACUAUGGACAUGAUUAGAAAUUGGGAUGAAGAACAGAGGUUGGGGUGUAUGGAGCUGGCAAUAAUUUUAUAUCAAGGGCACUUUUGCAGUAUUUCAGGUUAUUAAAGUACCUAGCUGUUAAAGUUGCUCUGUGUGGUGUGUAGUGAUCUGGGGCGUUCAGAAAAAAAGCUGAGGUCCAGCUAAGGAGGGCUCUGUCAGCGUCUGCAUCCGAUCCUAAAAGCAGCCGUUGAGCAUGUUGAAGGUCCCCGGGAACACCGAGUCCAACUCCCCACCCAUGGAUGCUCAAAGAUAUGCCCCAGAAGAGGGUGCUGCAGCUGCUUGGUGCCCCCAGCUUUCUUCUCUGCUGCACCCUCCCCAUUGCAAAGAGCUCCCAAGCACAAGCAGUCCCUCCCCCAUUGUUUUUACCCCCCAAGGCUGCGGCUGAAUCUCAGGCCAGGGUAAACAGACCCAUUGUCUUCUCCGCCCAAGCACGUGGCUCCAUGCUGAGCGAGAGGUUGGGCCAAACAGCUGGAGGAGUAGGGCACAUGGACGCCUGCCUGCAGAGAGCACGGCAGGGGGACAAGGGUAUUGUUGUCCGCAGCUCCCGCCUCCCUCUUCCUCCCCUCCAGGGGAUCACAGUGUUCCCGAGGGCUGAGAGAAACAAGGCUGCUGUCUUUGCCUGCUGUUUGGUGCGUUCGGGGUCAGCUCAGGAUCGGGCAAACCUCCACCCCGCCAACUGAAAGCCGAUUUGCAAUCCCACGCUGGGACCCCAACCAAAGUGGGGUCCAGCAUCACAUUGCAAACGUGGCCCUCCCUGU